GUCAGUCACUUGCAUGUUCGCGGGCCAACCAAGGCAUAAAAGAAAACCUUAAAUCUCACUCACAUGAACCUCAACCCGAACGCACGCACAGACAAGACCCCCCACGCAAAGAAACAGCACCAGAAACAAGAAAGAGAAAACCAUGGAUCUUGGCCGAUAGCACGAUGCCCUCAACAACGUCUCUCCUUCUCAUCCUCCUCGUCUGCCUGGUCCUCGCCAGCCCGGCCGCAGCGUUUGGCGCCGGCGAGGUGCCCCCGGGCAGCGAGUUCAAGGGCUAUGUCUGGCGGCACGGCGACCUGGCCGAGGUGCUCAAGUUCCUGCCGACGAGCUUCGUCACGGGCUACAGGUUCACCAAGCUGCAGCGCAAGCAGAUAUACUUUGGCAACUGGCUGCGCGACUUCUCCCAGGUCAUCGACACCACCUGCCUCGAGAACGUGCCCGAGCCCAUCCUUCGCGCCAUCGUCAGUGUGAUGGCCUUUAUGGAGUUUGGCUUCGCCACAGACGAGUUCGACGUCACCCGCGAGCGCCUCGGCUGCUACACCCAUGUCGAGCACAUCGACAACCCCUGUGGCUACGCCGAGGACGCCAAGAAGAUCGACGCGCGCCUGCGCGGGCCCGUCGACCCCCGCGAGCUGGAGAUCGACCCCGAGACGGGCAUGAAGAACUACAUCGCCAACUCGGGCAACGGGUACGCCACGUCGGCUGACUACCUCCGUGAGCAGCUUCUCGAGUGCAUCGAGCUCGGGCGGAAGGGGCGCGCUCCGCAUGAGACGGAUGCGAGGAAGGACUCGUUCCGCCGGCUCGGCGCUGCGUUGCACACGCUGGAGGACUUCGCUGCGCAUAGCAACUUUGUCGAGCUGUGCCUGCAUGAGCUUGGCGAGAAGGACAUCUUCGCCUUUGUCGGGGACGAGUGCCGGGUCACAGUGCCCGAUGGCGCCAGGGCAGGAAAGGUGGUUGCGCCUCUCACCACGGGCACUUUCGGCAUGCUGGACAUUUUCCACUCAUUGCUUGGAGAGGCCGAUGACAAGGCAGUUCUGCAGUCCAAGGGCUCCCUAGGAGAGCUGGCAAGCAAACUCAACCGAGGAGGUCUGGCAUUCGACCAGCUGUUCCAGCUUAUUAAGACUGGCAUUGGAAGACUGAGCAAGAUCCGCCCAGAGAUCGACCCACUAUUACGGCAGCUGCAGACCGUGCAGGAGAUCUUCAAGAGGUAUGCACCAAAUGACAAGUCGCCAUCAUUAGUGAGCGACCUGCCCGACGCCAACCUCCUAUGGAAGACGAUCGAGCCAGUCAUCUAUCUCCACGACGCCAUCUCCAAGUACCUACAGGCCGGCCAGGAAGACGAGGAGGAGUCAACACAGGACUACUCUCACGGCCAGCUGGGCGAGUACACCAACCAGCUAGUCUUCCGCUACCUCUCGGUGAUGAUAGAAUCCUCGGUCAUGGAACUGCGCAAUGCAGUGAGGGCUGCAAGGGACCGAGUAGACGAGGAGGCCGCCAAGUGCGAGUCCGCAAAGGUCUUCAACGACGGCAGCGCCGCCUCGGACCCGAGCCACUCGGACCUGUCCAAGGACCACUUCGGCAACAUCCUGAACCAGCCGGCCGGCCUCGUGGCGACGGUCACGACGAACUGGGCCACGCAGCAGGUCGUGAAGUGCUGGGACGACCCGGACAUCGACGCCGAGCUCGUCAUCGACAAGAUCCUGUCCAUCCUGCACCACCCGUCCUUCCCCGACAGCAAGACCCCGAUCCAGCAGUACAUGUUCGACACGAUCAAGGCCUGGUGGGAGACGACGCCGGCGGGGGAGCAGGCCCGCAUCCGGGGGAAGCUCACAAAGGAGAGCGUGCGCGAGCGCCAGCACGAGGACCACACGCUGACCCUGGUCGACUUUGAGGGCAAGCACAAGGGCCCCGCCGACUUCCCCGGCGCAUGGCCCGAGGUGAGGCAGCCGCCCCGCAAGGCGUCGCUCAUCCAGGCGGGCGUCAACGACGCCAUCGCCGACUUCAACUGGGCGCUGGCCGUCACCCAGAAGGCGCGCACUGACCCCCGGGGCGCGGGGCGGGACGUCUGGAACGCGUCGGGUUAUUUCGUUCAUAAUGUCGUUCUUCUUUGGCUGGCUGUCAUCUAUCGGAUCCUGGGUGUGUUUAUGUGGGUGUUUGGCAAGCUCAUGUGGCCCUUUGGGUGGGGCCGGGAAUCGAACUCGGAAUCAGGAUCGGACUCGUAGAAAGACUACACAACUUCCAUCGUUUAUACAGAGGUAGAGACUCGGAGAUGGGCGUACGGGUAUGGUCUGCAUUGGACAAGGCACGGCGCGGUGCUUGGAUUCAGAAGGUCUGAUUACACAUUAGAUCUAUUUACAGGAACUGCUUUUGAUAGCCACCACAUAAAUCAUAUACCCCCACCUAAACCCCCUCGUCACCACCACCUCCACCCUGCCACGCCCUCGCCUCAAAACAGAGAGACACCCCGCCGCUCCCCAG